GCAGCCGCUGCCGGGGUCGGUGCUUCACCCGUCACAGCGGCUCGGGGCCUCUUCCCCCCAGUCCUCUCGUGCUGCUGCCGGGGCCACAGGGGCAGCAGCCUACCCAGCGCAGGGCUAGAGUCCGCCGGGCCCCGGGCUCUGCUCAUCGCUGUGCUAUCUGCGGGCGGGCGUUAGCCAGCGUCCCAGCGCGCCUCUUUGGAAGCGGCUCCUGUGGCCAGCCGGGGCGAGCCUGAGGGAACGAGCCCGGGCGCAGCCGCUGGUCCUUGGCUGGGCGAGGUGGAGGUGCCGGGUGAACUAGAGAUGGAGCCUGAGAGCCUCGGCGCGGAGCAGGGCGCCUCUCUCCCCGGGCCCGCCGAGGAGCUGGGGACGCUGCUGGGCCAGGAUGCCGCGCUGCAGAAGCUGAGCGGUGAGGAGCUGGAGAGGGAGCUGGAGUCCAAAAGUGACCUGAUAGAUGACAAAGAAUUUGAUAUUCCCCAGGUUGAUACCCCUCCAACACUGGAAAGCAUAUUAAAUGAGACUGAUGAUGAAGAAGAGUCUUUCGUUCUUGAGGAUCCCUCUCUUUUAAACAUUGAUAACAUUGACACUCACUCUUAUGACACAUCUUCCUUGGCAAGCUCAGACAGUGGGGACAGGACGCACUUGAAAAGAAAGAAAAAGCUCCCUGAUUCUUUCUCUCUUCAUGGAUCGGUUGUCCGUCUUUCUCUUCUGAAAGGAAUUUCUGCCCAAAUAGUAUCUGCUGCGGACAAAGUGGAUGCUGGUUUACCUACUGCAAUAGCAGCGUCAAGUCUGAUAGCAGUGGGGACUUCCCAUGGUUUGGCAUUAAUUUUUGAUCCAAACCAGGCUCUUCGGCUCUGUCUGGGCAGCACUGCUGUUGGGGCCCAGUAUGGGGCUAUCUCGGCUCUCAGUAUCAACAAUGACUGUUCAAGACUACUGUGUGGCUUUGCAAAAGGACAGAUUACCAUGUGGGAUCUGGCUAGUGGGAAACUUUUAAGAUCAAUAACAGAUGCUCAUCCCCCAGGAACAGCAAUUUUACACAUCAAGUUUACAGAUGACCCAACGCUUGCAAUUUGCAACGACAGUGGAGGUUCCGUGUUUGAGCUGUCAUUUAAAAGAGUUAUGGGUGUGAGAACAUGUGAGUCUCGAUGUCUGUUCAGUGGUUCCAAGGGAGAAGUUUGCUGUAUCGAGCCCUUGCAUGCAAAGACUGAAUUGAGAGAUCAUCCUAUCACCCAGUACUCGCUACUGGCAAUGGCUUCCCUAACUAAGAUCCUAGUCAUUGGCUUGAAACCAUCUUUGAAGGUGUGGAUGACUUUUCCGUAUGGUCGUAUGGAUCCCUCUAGUGUGCCACUGCUGGCAUGGUAUUUUGUUGCUGUACAGAACUCUGUGAACCCCAUGCUUGCCUUCUGUCGAGGAGAUGUUGUUCAUUUUCUUUUGGUGAAGAGAGAUGACUCCGGUGCAAUACAUGUUACUAAGCAAAAGCAACUUCAUCUGCACUAUGACCUCAUCAAUUUUACUUGGAUAAACUCACGCACAGUAGUGCUUCUGGACAGUGUGGAGAAGCUGCACGUGAUAGAUCGCCAGAUGCAGGAGGAGCUGGAGACUAUAGAGAUUUCAGAGGUGCAGCUAGUAUAUAACAGCAGUCACUUCAAAUCACUGGCCACAGGAGGCAAUGUCAGCCAAGCAUUGGCCCUGGUUGGAGAGAAAGCAUGUUACCAGUCCAUCAGCAGCUGUGGUGGUCAAAUCUUCUAUCUUGGCACAAAGUCUGUUCAUGUGAUGAUGAUAAGGAGCUGGAGAGAGAGAGUGGAUCACCUUUUGAAACAAGACUGUCUUACUGAGGCCCUGGCUCUAGCGUGGUCUUUUCAUGAAGGUAAAGCAAAGGCUGUAGUAGGGUUGUCUGGGGAUGGCAAUAAGCGAAAGGCUGUCAUUGCAGACCGAAUGGUUGAAAUCCUCUUCCAUUAUGCUGAUCGAACUUUGAAGAAAUGUCCUGACCAGGGAAAAAUCCAAGUUAUGGAGCAACACUUUCAGGAUAUGGUGCCUGUCAUAGUCGAUUACUGCCUUUUACUUCAGCGAACUGACCUUCUGUUCAGCCAGAUGUAUGACAAAUUGAGUGAGAAUUCAGUGGCAAAGGGUGUUUUUCUGGAGUGCCUGGAGCCUUACAUUUUAAGUGAUAAGUUGAUGGGAAUGACCGCUCAAGUGAUGAAAGACUUGCUGCUUCACUACCAAGAUAAGAACCUAAUGGAGGACAUGGAGGCCUGCAUUGUGCAUAUGGAUAUCACCAGCCUAGACAUACAGCAGGUAGUUCUCCUGUGCUGGGAAAAUCAUUUGUAUGAUGCCAUGAUCUAUGUGUACAACAGUGGAAUGAAUGACUUCAUUAGUCCGAUGGAGAAAUUGUUCAAAGUCAUUGCUCCUCCACUUAAUGCUGGGAAGUCUCUCACAGAUGAGAAUGUGGUUAUGGGAAACAAGCUCCUUGUGUACAUAAGUUGCUGUUUAGCAGGCCGUGCUUAUCCAUUGGGUGAUAUUCCUGAAGAUCUGGUACCCUUGGUUAAAAACCAGGUAUUUGAAUUUCUUAUCCGUCUCCACUCAGCUGAAGCAUCUGCAGAUGAAGAAGUCUACCCGUAUGUUCGUACGCUGCUGCACUUUGAUACCAGAGAGUUCCUUAACGUUCUUGCACUGACUUUUGAAGACUUUAAGAAUGACAAGCAAGCAGUGGAGUAUCAACAAAGAAUUGUGGAUAUCCUGCUAAAGGUUAUGGUGGAAAAUUCUGAUUUCACCCCAUCACAAGUUGGCUGUCUUUUUACCUUUCUUGCCCGGCAGCUGGCUAAGCCCAACAAUACACUGUUUGUAAACAGGACGCUUUUUGACCAGGUCCUUGAAUUUCUGUGCAGCCCUGAUGACGAUUCCCGACACUCAGAGAGACAGCAGGUCCUUUUAGAACUACUGCAAGCUGGAGGGAUAGUACAGUUUGAAGAGAAUCGUCUCAUCCCUAUGGCAGAAAAAGCUGAAUUCUACCAAAUUUGUGAGUUUAUGUAUGAACAGGAGCAUCUCUAUGACAAAAUCAUUGAUUGUUACUUACGUGAUCCAGUGAGAAAGGAAGAAGUGUUCAACUACAUCCACAAUAUCCUAUCCAUUCCUGGGUACAGUGCCGAGGAGAAGCAGUCAGUAUGGCAGAAGGCUAUGAAACACAUUGAGGAGCUGCUGUUACUGAGCCCGAAUAAAGCAGCAGACCUGAUAGCAACUCACUUCAAUGACCAGAUUGAGGGUAUCAUUAAAAAUCUUCAGGACCAAUUCUUGCUUUUCCAGUUUUUGAGAAGUCUUCUUGACCCAAGGGAAGGUAUCAAUCAGGACAUGCUACAGAUAUCUCCCUGUGUCACUGAACAGUUCAUUGAAUUGUUGUGUCACUACAGUCCUGACCAGGUUUUAGAGACACUGCAGGUUCUGGAGUUCUACAGACUGGAAGAGACCAUUCAGAUUACCCAGAAACACCUGCUCCAUGAAGCUUCCUCCUACCUGCUGGAGAAGAAAGGAGAUGUUCAUGGUGCCUUCCUAGUAAUGCUUGAGCAACUACAAAGCAAGUUGUUGAUGCUUACAUAUGAAAUUGAAGAAUCAACAGAACUCCACUUAUUAAAGGAUAUUGAAGAUACCUUGGUGAAAACAAUUGCACUUUGCCAGAGGAAUUCACAUAGUUUAAACCAGCAGCAGCGAGAGGCACUCUGGUUUCCUCUCCUGGAGGCUAUGAUGUCGCCACAGAAGCUAUCCAGUUCGACAGUGUUGUGUCAGUAUUCUGAACCUCUGAAGAGUUUGACAAUGCAAGUGCUAAACAACAUGGCUGCAUUUAUUGCCCUUCCCUCAAUCUUGCAGAGAAUUCUCCAGGCAGAAAGAAAUAUUCGAGGCGGUUGGAAGCAAUUUAGAGAGGAGAAAACAACAAGCACUUCGGAGAAGGAUCCAGUUUAUGGUAGAGGGAAACUUGGAGAAAUUCAGGGACUUGUACUGGGGAUGCUGGACACAUUUAACUAUGAGCAAACCCUUCUAGAGACAACUACCAACCUCCUGAACCAUGAUCUCCACUGGUCCUUGUGUAACUUGAGAGCCUCCAUCACUAGAGGACUUAACCCAAAGCAGGAUUACUGCUGUAUCUGUCUGCAGCAAUACAAGAGAAGGCAAGAGAUGGCUGAUGAAAUCAUUGUUUUCAGUUGUGGCCAUUUGUACCACUCACUCUGUCUGCUGAGUAAAGAGUGUGGCAUAGAAACCAAGGGACAGAUGAGAUGGACUUGCUAUAAAUGCAACUCGAGUAACAAAGGGGGAAAACUGAGUGAGAAUUUCUCAGAACUGAAAAAGGGAAAUGGUGCAUCUCUGGCACAGUCAAGUUCAGAGUCCCUGUUGGAUUCCCAGCAAAUCCAGGCUUUUGACCAACUCUGUCGACUCUAUCGAGGAACCUCCAGGUUAGCUCUCCUGACAGAAUUGUCUCGAACUCGUGGUGGUGAAAAACAUGGGCUCCUCAAUGUCUCUCAGGGUGACCCUGCACUGAACAGUGUCUUCCAGAACGAGAAUUUCCAGCUGCAUCUCGCUCCCCCUCCACUGACAGAAGAGUAGCCCUUCCCUUGCCAGACCAUGGGUGCAGUCCUUCCAUGGUUGCAUAAGAACAUUCUGGGGAGGCUCCUACCAUCGAUCCCGGGGGGUGAGUUCGUUGGCUAUGGGACCUGCCCUACUAGGCUGGAUUUGCUGCCCGUUGCCAUCAUAUCCUUCCCAGAAUCCUUUGUAACAUGUCACGUUGUGUCAGAUAGUUUUGCUGGGUUUGUAACCAGGUGGAAUCUGUAGUAGUCUCUCUGCUGUCUUAUUUUCCCCUGUUUCUUCUAACAAAACAGAAGGAACAUCACAGAGAUCACUGUCAGAGUUCUUGUCCAGUGGGAUGCACUGAAAGCUAUAAACUAUGAUGUCAACUCCAUGUACUUCACUCAAGCCAAACACAGGAAGUUGAGGCAGCUGUACUAACCCCAGGGUGACUGUGUCUGCAGCCAAAGCUUAUCCAAAUAAUUGGAACCUAUAAUAUGUUCCUUUUUAUUCCUUAGAUAGAUUGACCAAGGGAAUACAGAACAUGUCAAAUAUCCAAACUCAGCAUUUCUCAAAAUGCCUCCUCAACAUUAUAAGGGAAAUAGCUAAUUUAUUUGAGUUUAAAUUUAGUAUCAGUAAAAAUAAUCUUUUAGACAAAUCCCUAACCCCAGCAGGAUCUCCUGGAUUAUAAGCAAAGUGGGUGGUAUGACUGCAUGAAACACACUCAGCCCUUGAAAGGAGCUGAAACUGCAAAAGAGCAUAUAUUUGUGAGUAAAUGAACUUGUGUGCAAUGCUUCUGUGAAACUACAUUCUCUAAUAAAAAUGCCCUGCCUUUAAACCCUGCA